AUAUUAGUUUGUGGUUUCUGUUAGACAUUUUAAAGAUGCCGUUCCUGGGUCCCUAAGGCCGCUAUCUAAAGACUGAAAUCAAUGCAGUCGCUGUAGCCAAAUAUGUCAAAAAAUGUAUUUCAUACCGAAUUUAAAUAGACGUUAUUCUCCAAUAACUACAUUCGGUUAAAAUGCUGAAUCCUGUAUACGAAAGCCAAUCUUCAGGAUGGUGCAGCGUUUAACUUACCGUCGUAGGUUGUCCUACAACACCGCCUCCAACAAAACCAGACUGUCCCGGACACCCGGUAACCGUAUUGUGUACCUGUACACCAAGAAGGUCGGCAAAGCCCCCAAGUCGGCAUGUGGCAUCUGCCCAGGAAGACUGCGUGGAAUCAGGGCUGUUAGACCUCAGGUUCUGAUGAGGCUCUCCAAGACCAAGAAGCACGUUAGCAGGGCCUACGGAGGCUCCAUGUGCGCCAAGUGUGUGCGUGACAGGAUCAAGCGUGCUUUCCUGAUUGAGGAGCAGAAGAUCGUCGUCAAGGUGCUUAAGGCACAGGCACAGAGCCAGAAAACUAAGUAAAAUGUGUAUUUGUAUUGCCACAAUAAAAAAAUGACAGACAAAUCCA